UGUAAGUGCAUGCAUAGUGAUAUUCCACUUGCUCGACAUUAUGACUGAUGGAUGAUGCAUCUACAAUGUUUCCGUAUAAAAACAAACACUGAAAACGAAGUUACACGAUAUUGACCUGCUUCAUCAGCAUAAUCACAUCAGUGACCAUGAAGACAAUUCUAAUUCUCGUCCUUGUCUGGAAGACGGCAAGUACUCUCAGUUCUCUCAAUAACACUGAGGUGGGAUUAAAUCUGACCGUGAUAAACACGACCAAGCAAGAAGAACCAACUUCCGACAUGCAUGCAAAACACGGACAAGUGUACAAGAUGGGAUUAGGAUUGGAGUCCCCCAUGACGGAGAGGAACCACAGGUUUUACGGUGUCGGAAUUGUACCACCUCCAUAUUACCAAUUCGGCUCUUUAAAUCCGUACCACUUCAAUGGGGAAUUUGCUCCAAACUGCGGUGACUCCUACCCAAACAGAAGAUAUAGUUGUUACGGUCUUGGGCGAAAAUGACAAUAGAAAGUACAAAUUUUGUGCAUAAAAUCAUGGUAUUGUUGGUUAAUUGAUUCAUGUAUGGGACUGACCUUGCAUUCCAAUGUACUAGAAUCCAAAUGAAGGAUUUCAGCCAUUCUAUUUUUCUGUCUGCAUUGAUCAUGCAUUAUUUCUACUAUGAGAGACAACUUUACAUAUAGCAAUAAAAAAUUGUAACCAGCACCAAGUUCAUUGCAUGAAUAUAACAUUCAUUGUCCAUCAGAGCAUUUAACCCGCUGGAAAGUAAAACGUGCAGUAAAACCAUCCAGCUGCCUGUUGAGUUUUCGAAUAAAAUGUUGUCGGAAAAUCAAGCAGAGGAUUUUUUUGUAAAUGUGCUAAAAUUUCCAAACUGGAAGGAUGUCAAAGGGAACAAUACCGCAGAAUUCUUGAAACAGAUCCUCCAGCGAUACCAAUAUUUCUGCUACUUCCACAAUCAGGAAAUGGCUGCAACCGAACCUUCUUGUCGUCGGAGUCCCGUCGAGGAGGAUUCAGUUCGAAAUGGGCUUGCAGGGAUUGGAGGUGUUUGUAUUCACCAGAACUCAUUUAUGGCCUUAAUCCUCCGAACGAUUGGAUUUGACGCAUUUAUCACGGCUGGAAAUUGUCUUGGCUCUGAGGUCGAAGGGGAAGGAAAUCAUUGCAUGUGCGUCGUAAAAAUUAAUGAAAAGGAAAUUUACGCCAUUGAUGUUGGGUGUGGUCAACCCGUGGAUGGACCAAUUCCUCUGCACAACCUGCCAUACUCCGGUUUUGCAGGUGGAUUUCGGUACGAGUACAAGCAUAACGAGGUAACAAAUCGGUAUGAGAGGUGGCAGUUGGAUGGUACUUGCUUCCGGGGAAAGUUUCCGGAUCCAACGACUACCCAGUUACGCUACACUUUCAGUUUGAUACCUCAAGAGUUUGGCUACUUUACCGAAUCGCUGGUCGACAUUUUUACGAAUGCUGACAAAUCCAUAUUUCUGACGAGUCCUUUCCUCUUCCGCUGUCUUGAUUUGGAAUCAGAGGCCGGAGAAAAUGGACGAAGAUACAUUCUGAUUUUCGGAGCAUCAAUGGUCAUUUAUGACAAUGUUAACAAGGAGGUGACGGAUUUUGCAAGCUAUAAAGAACUCCAACCUGUAAUUGCCAAAUACUUUCCAAAGAUUGAAGAGGCGAUUGUACAUAAAGCUCUGGACUAUUUUAGCAACAAUGGUAAGCCCUUGAUAUUGGGUAGAACAGCAUAAUUAUCUACGUGAGUUAAUUGUCAGCCUGAUUUUAUUAAAUGAGAUUGAGAUUAAUAAAAAACCUGUGAUCAGGAAUGACUAAAA